AUGCUAAAAAAAGCCACUACUAUCAAUGGCUGUGUUGAUUAUGGCAUUGACCAUAAACUCCCCUCAGAGUCACACACCACACCCCCAAACCAGUUUCAGUCCCUUAUUCUGCUUGUUGAAGCUAAAGCAGCUGAUGCUGCAGUACCUCAACUUCUGGCCUAUCUUGCAACUAUCCAUCACUGUUGGGAGGUGCAUGGAAGAACUGACACAUUAGUGUAUGGUGUUGCAUCUGAUGGCAUUCACUGGAAGUUUGUCAUGAUUACCCAUUCAGGGCUCAUCAAAGUCAGCUGGGAGUUCAGUAUUGCUGAUUCUACGGGCACAAACCUCAUUUUGGAAUGCUUGGCAUUGAUGUUGGAGACUGCAGCAUUGAUGUCACUCAAGACAACACCUAAGAAGGGUGAACAUACAGUUGAGAUGGGGUAA